AUUUGACUUUAGUGCUAUAAGCGUCGGUCCAACCUCGUCAACGUGUGAAGCGAUAGAAGUUCUUCAGAUUCAUCAUUGUUGCGCUUUUUAUCUGUAAUUUUCAUUAAUUGUAAAUAAUGGCGGCUGAGUUCAUAGCUCCAGUAAUUCAAGAUAAUCCUGAUGGUUGGGGACCUUGCGAUGUUCCCGAACAGUUUAGAGACAUGCCUUAUCAACCUUUUUCGAAAGGCGAUCGUCUGGGAAAAGUCUCAGAUUGGACUGGUGCUACCUACCAAGACAGACGUUAUGCUACCAAGUAUACAUCAACAUUUGGCAGCCAACAGCAGUAUGCUUACUACCAUGAAGAUGAUGAAAAUACCUUCAAGCAGGUGUUCAAGGCAAACGUGCCCAAGCCUCCCUACCAGCGUGGUCGCUACAUGCGCAAUGCGCGCAUGCGCGGCGGGCGGGGGCGUGGCAUGGGGGCGGGGCGAGGUGACAGCCAUCUGCAAGUGCUGGGCCGAGGCAACAAGAGAGGAGAUAAUAAGUGGCAGAAACAGAACCAGCAGCAGCGGCGCUGGCCGUCCCGCUACCAGCAGCAACAGAAGAUCAGGGACGCGUCUGUGACCGUGCGGCCAGACUGGAAGAUCGUCGAGGAAAUGGACUUCCCUAGGCUGCAGGAGCUCUCGCUCCCAACUGUCGCUGAACCCAAGGACCUGAUGCUGUGCGGUGCUAUGGAGUACUACGACAAGACCUACGAUCGCGUCACAGUCAAGAACGAGAAGAAGUUGGAGCGCGUCGAUCGCAUCUUCCACAAGGUCACCACCACCGACGACCCUAUCAUCAGACAGCUGACGAAGAGCGAAGGCAACGUCUUCGCCACAGACGUCAUUCUGGCGACCCUGAUGUGUUGCACGCGCUCCGUUUACUCCUGGGACAUCGUAGUGCAGAAGAUCGGCGACAAGCUCUUCUUUGACAAGCGCGAUGACUCGGAAUUUGACUUGCUGACGGUUAGUGAAACUUCCAUCGAGCCUCCUCAGGACGAAGGCAAUUCACUGAACUCACCGCGCCUGUUAUCCCUGGAGGCGACCUUCAUCAACCACAACUUUUCGCAGCAAGUUCUGGUCUCGGAUAAGAAGAAGCGAUACACUUUCCCCAACGAGAGCCCGUUCCUGGACGAGGACGAGGAGGACGAAGUGGCGCCCGUGGGCUACCGCUACCGCUGCUGGGACUUGGGCAACAACAUCAAGCUUGUGGCCAGGACCGAGCAUGACGCCGUGCUACAGAUGCAGUCCGGCGAGGUCAACUUCAUCAACAUCAAGACCCUGAACGAGUGGGACAGCAGGAUAAGCAACGGCGUUGAUUGGCGUCAGAAGCUGGACAGCCAGCGCGGUGCUGUGUUGGCCAACGAGCUGCGCUGCAACGCCUUCAAGCUCGCCAAGUGGACCUGCCAAGCCCUGCUUGCUGGCUCCGACCAGAUCAAAUUCGGAUAUGUGUCUCGUGUGAACGUGCGAGACUCCUCAAAGCACGUGAUUUUGGGCACGGAGCAGUUCAAGCCUCACGAGUUCGCCAACCAAAUCAACCUGAGCAUGGAUAACGCCUGGGGCAUCUUGCGGUGCAUCAUCGACAUCUGCAUGAAUCUUAAGGACGGCAAAUAUCUCAUCAUGAAGAACCCCAACAAGCAAGUAAUUGACUUGUAUGAUAUACCUGACACCACGUUCGAGUCUGAGGAGGAAGACAACACCGAGGAUGGCAAGAACGGAGACACGCAAAACGAAAAGUAGCUUCUUGCCCAAAAUCCUGGCGCCCACUUCUUCAAAAUAAUCAGACGACAAUUUCUAACACAAGUGAAAAUUUGUGUUCUGCGACAUCGGUUAAUAUCAUAAACUAACUGCAUCGUGGCCACACAUCAGCUACUAUAUGCUGAUGGAGUUCGUCAAUGUUAACCCAUCUUUUUGUUUGUUCAAUUUAUCCACUUCAUGGAGACUAAAUAUAUAUAAAGGCUUCACAUCAUUACAUUCUGCAAUUUGAAUAACGAAAUUCUCUUUUUAUUAAUUUAAAUUAUUUUGUUAUGAUUCAUUUUGUUUGUGUGUUUUUUUGCCAGUUUCUCGUUCUAUUUUCAGUUUCCUAAGAAUAUUAUCAUAGGCAAGAGUUUUCUGCCCAGUGCUCCAACGCGCGUUUUUCGGGAUUUUUCCUUCCAUGUGUUAUACUAUUUGAUGUCUGGUUUUUGUACGGAGGUGUGAGGUAUAAACGACUGACAAUU